AUGACUUUCAACGAGUCUACAUCAUAUGAUUUCUACAUCAAACGAUUAGAAAAUCUUUGUGAUCACAUUUCAACAUAUAUAUUUUUAUUUUAUCUCAUCGUUGGUAACAUCGGUAAUGUAUUUAAAGUGUUGUUCUUUAGGCAAAAACCUUUAAGAUCUUGUCCAUGUACGAUUUACAUCCUUGUCGCAACGAUUGGCCAUUUUUUGACAUUGAAUAAUAUUCCUUUAUCGAGUUUAUUUCCGAAUAAUUGGGAUCUCAUUGGUUUUGACCAUGGAUUAUAUUUCAAUAGAACAUUUGUUGAAAACACUUUGACCUCAACUCACGCGACGAGAAUGUGCAAAAUUCAAGUGUACUUUCACAUGUUAAGUACCAAUAUCUCCUUACAAACUCUUGUUUUUGCCUCGUUAAAUCGUUUCUGCAUGAGUUUAAAACGUAAAACUCGAUUAAAUCAAUCCCAACGUAUAACUAAUUUCUUUUGCACACUUUCCACCGCCUACACUCUUUGCUCUCUAACCUGCAUCAUAUGGGCGUUAGUCUCCAUUCAAACAUUGUUUUCUUUUACUAUUAUACAUGAUCAUUGUAUUCCACAUAAUAUCAUUGUUUGGGGAGUGAAACUAUCAUCAGUCUAUUUCGGUCAAACGAUUUUUAUGAUCAUGUUUGGUUCGUUGACGAUCUUCUAUCGGCAUAAACGAUCGUUGUAUGUACGUCGUCGGUGUCAUCAUGAAGCGAUUCCAAUGUAUAGUCAAUAUAGUCGGCAUGAUCGAUUAGAAAUUGGUCAUGUCGAAGUACAAUUAACGUCAAUGAUUGUGACAGAAAUUGUUGUGGUGAUUUUGUCGUCAUUGCCUUAUGGAAUUUAUAUUGUUUAUCGAUUAUCGAUAAUGGAAAAGUAUCGAAGUCCAUUAGAUAUGAAAUAUGAUAAUGUGAUCGAAAGGUUUAUUCAAUUAACGAUGUUUUUCGAAUCAAGCUGCGGAUUUUAUAUUUAUUUGUUUACAUUAACAACGUUAAAACAACGAUUCUUCGGUAUUCUACGACGAAGACUUCGAAUACGUUCUUAA